GGCUGAGCAAACCACAGGCAGGCAUUUUUCUACCGCCACCUGGUACAGGGAUGGGAAGCGCUGGGGGCAGCAGGGUCUCGACCACUUCAAGGUCACUGAGAGUGGCAUCUAUGAAUGUUACAGGCCCGACAGCGGGCCCAGCCCUGCCGUGUUUGUAUUAGAUGAUCCGCUGGUGCUGCAGGUGCCAGCACGGGCACUGCUGGAGGGGGACACGGUGACACUGCGCUGCCGGGGCCGGCAGGACAACCCGGGCCCGGGUGGGCUCAGGAAUGUCAGUGUCAGCAUCAGAGAGAGUGACAGUGACAGUGCACGCUGCCAGGUGCGCUCUGAGGGGGGGAAUGUGAGGAAGAGCAGCGCCCGGCUCCGCGUCACGGUGCGCAUGCCCGUGGCCAAUGCCACCAUCACCCCCGGUCCCCUGGCACACCAGGUGCACACAGGUGACAACGUGACCCUGCGCUGCUCAGUGCAGGUGGGCUCAGCCCCUGUCAUCUUCACCUGGCUGCACAACGGGCAGGAGGUGGCCCGGGGUCCCCUCCUUGAGCUGGGGGACAUCGAUGUGGGACAUUCGGGCACCUACCAGUGCGUGGCCACCAACCAGCUGGGACAGGACGGGCACCGCGUGUUCCGGGCACUCAGCCCAGAGCUGGCCCUGGAGGUGACACCUGGCUCAGCCUGGCUCACAGAUCCGCUGGUGCUGCAGGUGCCAGCACGGGCACUGCUGGAGGGGGACACGGUGACACUGCGCUGCCGGGGCCGGCAGGACAACCCGGUAACCAGGGUGCGAUUUUACCAGGACAUGAAGGAUCUGGGGGAGUCCCUCACGGGGACCGAGCUGUCCCUGUCCCCCCUGCAGCUGAAUCACAGUGGCUUCUACCACUGCAGGGCCCGGGUGGGCUCAGGAAUGUCAGUGUCAGCAUCAGAGAGAGUGACAGUGACAGUGCACGGUGAGCACCCCACAGCUGGAACUCCACUCUUCCCAGUGCCAGGGCUGGAGGGUCCCCCCGAGCCCACCGAGGGGUCCCCCCUGACUCUCAGCCCACUGCGGCCCCGAGCCCCCCUCCUGCAUGUCUUCUCCCGGGACGGGCAGGUGGUGGGGGGCCCGCAGGGGUCCCCGCAGCUGCUGCUGCCCGCAGUGGGGGUCUCCCACUCGGGGCAUUACAGCUGCCAGGUGCGCUCUGAGGGGGGGAAUGUGAGGAAGAGCAGCGCCCGGCUCCGCGUCACGGUGCGCAGUGAGUGCGGGGAUGGGCACGGGGUGAGCCCAGAGAUGCCCCGGAUCCCCUGCCUUGGUACCCCCAUCACUGCCUGGAGGCCUCCAUCAGUGCCUGGAGGCCCAUUCCCUCACCGGCUCCCUUCACGCCUCUCAAGGCCCACUCACCCCUCUCUGAAGUCCCAUCACUUUCCCCUUGUGCCACCAUCCCCUCUCUGGGUCUCUGUAUCUUUCCAAGUGUCGACCCCUCCCUCUCCCGGUAUCCCCUCCCUGAAACCCCAUUCCAUUCUUAGAGUCCCUUUCAUGCCCCCCAUCUCUGCACCCCCUCUCUCUCCUUGGGGUGUCCCUGCCUCUCCCUGACCCCCUUGGGUACUCAGUGACCCCUGCUGUCCCCCCUCUUGAAGGGGUCCCGUCCCCUAGGGCGUCCCUGUUGGCGCAGACCCCCAGGGGACCAGUGGCACUCGGGGACCCCCUGAAUGUCACCGUCCUGGCUGAGCGGGACCCUCGGGCUGGGGGUGACCCCUCCCACGGCACCCCCAUCCCACCUCUCCUGUGCCAGCCCUGUCUGUGU